AUGCCAAAGGUCGAAACGUCACUACCAAGGGGCGACAAUUCCAAGACACACCAAAAUUAUAAUCACGUUUCGAAACAAAUUGGCCAUGAAAUUAGAUUUAAACGAGAUGUAGAUGCAAACGAAGUUCCUAAACCAAGACGACGCGUUGUCAAAAAAUUAGUUAGAGUGCAGCUUCACAGUCGUGAGAACGACAUUGAAGUGACGACUAGAAGACCGAGAAGACGGGUCGUAGUGAAGAAGAAGAAGCGAAGGUUGAAGUUGAGCGAAGAGAACGUUCCACAAGCGACGCAUCACAGACGAAGGGUUAUCGUCACGAAAAAGAGACUUCUGUUGAAGACUGACAACCUCGUUGACGAAAAUAAUUCAAUCACGCCGAAUUCGAGUGUAGAAGUGGGUGUUGAAGCGACCACGUCGUUGCACAGCGAAGAGCUAACCAAUAGUAUUUCUUCCGAAAGCGUUGAAGAAUCGACGGAAUUUUUGGACGGCAGUGGUGACAAUAUAAAUGAUAUAGAAGAAGAAGACGAACAUGAAGAAGAUGAAAACGAACAUGAACAAGAUGAAAACGAACAUGACGAAGACGAAAACGAAAAUGAAAACGAAAAUCCAACUCCUCAGCAUGUCCCUGACUAUGAACCUUUUUUCCCAGAGCUAUCCGAAAGUCUCGAUGCUCCUGUUCUUCUUCUCAAAACCACUAUUUUGUCAUCUAUUGAACUUAUUACCAAAACCGUCGUACAAAGUAGGUUACGAACUUACACCUUCAUAGUAACUAGAGUAAAUGGUGACGAACACAUUGUAACUUCUACUACAGAAGUUAAACCACAAACUAAAACGACUAUUUUGACGGAACCACUGACGAUAUUUACGACUUUGACAUUACUGGACUUCGACGCUACUUCUACUCUCAACCCAUUACCAAUGACUCCAUUUCCGGAAUCCCUUCAACUAAAAAACACCGACAAAGAGGAACAAGGAAGGGCUUUUGAAGAGGCCCGUUAUAACCUUGCGACUAGAGUCAUGUCAAAUGGGGUUGAAGUGAUUGUAGCUGGGGAUAAAAGCACCCUGCCAGGAGACCCAGAUGUCAGAAGGGUACUACCGAGUACCAUCUACAAACCGAUAACACUAAAACCGAGUACUUUAAGCGACCACAUGAUGAUGAUGUUGCCACAAGAUGCUUCAAAUAUCAAAAAUUUGGCAUCUUUGUAUCCGAGUCAGUUUGUUACUAAGACUUGUCUCACAACAUUUACCUACUUAACCACGUAUCUUGAAAGUGGUACCACUACUGUCUCUAGUCAUGAACAAGUCGUUUCUAAUAUUGCCACCGAAGAAAGAAACACUGGGAAAAUUUUACCUACGCCCGCAAUGGGAAUCACUUUGACUCAGUAUCCGAAUUUAUCUGUGGGAGUUUUCCACACGACCUACACUUAUUUGAAUACAAUAUUGGACGGCGAACAACCAUUAGUCGUAACUUCGAAACACACUGUAACGAAUACAGUUACGGCACCCGAUGACUACUUAUCGCUUUUACAACCGUCGGAAAAAGUGGCGACUGUCACCGACACCAACACCUACUAUAGUACUCUAUCUCUGACGAAAACCCUCUACGAAGGUGACAAAUCCCAAGUUGUGAGUACCAACGAAGUGGUCACUCAAGUAGUGAUCACUGAGUCGGUACCACCCAAAGCUACCUCAGUAAUGACAUCUUACAUCGCUUUCGAUUUCGAAGAACCAUCCGUUGCUGUCAAUUACACCACCACAGAUGUGGUUAAAACUUACUUCGUCACCUACACGUACUACAAUACGUUGUUCGAGAACGGCAAAAAAGUAGUCAAGACGAAUGUUUCCACGUCCGCCGAUGUGGUGACCGAAAAAUUGUACCUACACCCCAAGCGCACCGGCGUAGUCAAAGACGACAAGAAAAAACACAAAAUCGAUUUGUCACCAGAGAACUUCCACAUUGUAGCGACAAAGACGUACCACACGACUUUCACCUACUUUACAACUUUGUUACAAAAGGGUAACACGGCCACUCCUACAGUGGUCAGUUCACGGUCUAAAAUAGUCGAAAAUGUGGUAACCGAAACCGUCAACCCAAAUCUCCUGGAUAAAAAGUACUUAUCUGUAAUCAAGAGUCAAAUCAGAGAUGGUUCCCACACCUUGACAAAAUCCGCAACUUUGAACGAUGGCCAAAAGCUUGAAAUUACGAUAAUUGCUGACGAAAUAGCGCCAACGAAGGUCUUGCCAAUCGAACGAACGAAAAUGCCACAGAGAGACGAAAGUAGGAUUGAAAUUGAAUCCUCGACUCCAAAUGUGGUGGUAGGUUCGACUAUUAUUUUUCUCGACGACGAACCACCGGUAAAAACCGAAACGCCAGCACUAACCAGUUCGAAAGUUUUAAAGAAAACCAAAAUAGUCACUUCUACGAGUAAAAUCAGGCGUUCUACUAAAACUAAAGCGAAAGUUCAGACACCAACCGUUGAGCCUAAACCGUCUACAAAGAUCGUCAAACCUGUCAAUCAGGUCAACCAAGUCCCUGACUUGUUGGGUCUAGGGUCAAUCAAUAUUAACAGACUGCAAGCUUUAACUCCUGUGCUGAGUGCGAUGGCGGAUUUAAUCCAAACUAAUCUAAAGAGUAAUCGAAGAAACGAUUCCAUACUACCACCUACGACGCUACCACCGCCUCCAAAACCCGACAAAGGAAACUUACAACUCGACAAUGUACAAAACCGUUCUCCGAUUUAUAUCCCAGUUGGUGACAUGAACGACGAAUUUGAAGUGGCUGAAAGUCAGAACAUUGCAACUUUUCACCUCCAAGAAACCGUGGAUUGGAACGGUCACAAAGACUUGAAACCCACUCACGAGAGUCCUUUACUAAAUGGAGGCAUACCAAUCUCGCCUGGGGAUGUCAUAACGGCAAACUCUGACGUUAUUGUUGGUAAACCGGGUCGUGUUGGUCCUAGGGUACCUUCAAUACCGCUCAAUCAAGUCAAAGACGAAGAUGACGGCUAUGGGAUGAAACCACCACCGGCACCUCAGCAUAAAUGGCCGAAACGAAACCACGAGUACAAACCCAUCCCAGUUAAGGUAGAAAAACCCAUAAUACACGCACCCAGCAAGGAUGACUAUGUUGGGCCACCACCCCCUCUCAGAGUCGAGAAGCAUAAGCACAUCCCGUUGAACCGACCCGACCACCACGUUUAUGCUCAUUCCCAAAACAACUACGGUGUUAGUUACGGACUCAACGACGUCAAUCACGAAAUCAAAAUCCCCAACAUUCGAGACGAGAUUCAGAAAAAUUACGAACAGGCUGCACAAGUAACAUUCCCGGUUUAUGCUGAGGGACAACCAACUCUGAGCAAUCCAAUCAAAGAGUACAACCUUCAACCGUCUAUUGUUUUGCCCGAAGUAGUAGAAAGAUCAACGGGUCAGCCGCUUUUGGUCAAUAUUCAACCAAGUCAGGUCGCUUUUGUGAAUAUCCCUCAUAAUCGAACGACUGCGUUGAUUUAUGGUGGUUCAACCGAAACCCAUCAUAAUGGUCAAUACUUUGACGAUCCGUCUCCAUAUCCCGAACCUGAAUUUUCAGCAAUUGAAAGUUUUAGUAACGGGAUUCCUCAAUUUGCGUCAGUUUACAACGAUAACUCACCCAAUCAGAAGCAAGUCGGUGGUGUGAUUAAAGUUGCGCCGCAACCCAUCGAUAAAGACCAAAUACAACUUAAUAUUAGUCCAUCGCGACCAAACGUGGUGGUGUACCCAAAUCAGGAAGUUAAUAUCAACGUACCACCAAUCUCUUUCGGAAUGAUACACCAAGACAAUGAUUUUAACGCCCACGUGAUUAACCAUGGUGACACCCAGUUCAGACCACCACCUAUUUCGUAUGACGUUAUUAAAACUAAUGACCAUAGGUACACGGAUAGUAUAGGUACGGUGGAAAAUCCACAAGUUCACAAGAACAACGACAACAUUUACGUGGCAGCCAUCGGUACUGUGGGUGAUCCAGAACCGGUAACUUUUGAUGUCCACAAAAACAACGACAAUAGGUUUGUGGGAGGUAUGGGUUCCGUCGGGCGACCACAAUUAGCUCACCACGACGUAAUCAACAACGAACCUAACAAAUUAACUUUUGAUGUCCACAAAAACAACGACAACAGGUUUGUGGGAGGUGUGGGUUCCGUUGGGCGACCACAAUUAACUCACCACGACGUAAUCAACAACGAACCUAACAAAUUCCUCGACGUGGUAAGAACUACCAGAAAACCAUCCCUUGAUGUCUUCAAACCCAACAAAAACAGGUUCAAUAGAUACAACAUAUCUUCUUACGACACAUACAAAAAUAAGAACAAAUUAACAGAAAGUCACAACGUUGGGAAUUUGCCGCAAGCUUCAUAUAAUAUUGCCACAAACAUCAAAAACGUAGCCACAACUGAAGCUAGUACGUACGGGCAACCGCAACCAUUUUCUUACGACGUUCUCAAAAACCACUACAACACUCCAACUGAAGACACUAAAGUAGUCAGACCUCAAAUCUCCGAAGACAUAAUCGAUUUGAGGCCCCCAUCUGAACCAAAACCUGUGUCCAAUCACAUUGUCAACCUGAAACCACCCUCCGUCGGAAAACCAUUCACUAAGGUUCAAGUACCACCGAAGCACAAUUUCGUGCGACCGUUAACCAAACCUCAGGUAGAAAUUUCCGAAUUUAUGACUCCUCCACCGUAUAAAUCCAACCUUCCUACGACGAACCUAAGACCUCAGAAACCCGUUCCUAUACCCUUAUUACCCGAAAGCGAAGACAACUUACCUCCACACAAAUUGGAUGAAACAUUUUUAGACGACGAGGAAUACGAUGAAGACUUGACUAAUGAAGAAGGUGAAGUGGUGCAAGAGUCGAACAGCAGGCCUUUACGACCUGGUCAGGUACCAUUCGAAAUUCUGAAAAUUAAAACGACAACUCAACCUCCCGUCAGGAAUGAUAGUACCAUCAAGUACGGCACGUUUGAAGAAGACCGAGUUCGCGUUAAACCCGUGGUUAAUUUCCCGAGGCCAUUUGGUGAAGUACCUGUGGUGCGUCCCGACAAUCAAAACAACAAAAUUAAUCACUUCGAGCAAGAUCAAUACAAUUAUAUUCCAACCAAACCGGAUACAGGGUUCAUCACUUAUAUUGGAAGUAUCACCGCACGACCCAUCCACCUUGACAUUAAAUCUAGUACCGAAAAUAAUUUCGUUCUUCAUCGUCAUAGUACUACUCGUAGAAAACCAACAACUACAACCGUUAGACCUAUUACUACACGCAGAUCGGAAAUCAUUACGAAACGACCACACUUCCACAACGCUACUUCGUUUAGUCUAAAAACCAGACAACCAAUUCCUGUGUUCAUCGCCACUACCACUCCAAAACCGUUCAUCAAUGAAGUCAUUGCCAAUAGACCAAAAGUGACGUCUUUGCCGAUUGACCUCCCAACUGUAUCUCCACAAAUCAUCAAACCUUUCGUACCCCAAACCGAGAAACCGGUUAGAACUUCCAAACCAUUGUCGAUCACAGAUCUCUUGAAACGAGAGAGAGUGACGACUGUAUCAACGACGACGGUCAAAGAAGUAACACCGGAACUCAAUAUCGGGGAAGUACCGAUAAUCGACGAUAGUGAUUUGGAGAUAAUGAAACCGCCACCACCGGUUCCGGAGAUCAAUAUGCAGCCCCCGAGAAUCGAAAUUAAUUCGCCGAGUGGCGACAUUCACAGAGUUCCUAAUUUGGAACAUAAACCGGAUUUGGAGGGACAUGCUAGUACGUCGAUACCUUAUGUUCCUAAACCGGCGGAAGAUAUAGUACCACCGCCGCCAAGUAUUAUUUUGGAUGAGGUGGUGGGCAUGAGUCCACCUCCUUUGGUGUCGACACAUAAACCGAUUGUUAGAACCGACGGUACUACGAUUAAGGUACCAUUCACUCAUGAAGUGAGAACUACUCCGGCACCGGAAACUACUACCAGGCAGAAACUUACGCGAAAACCGUUCACUCGAAGACCUACGACUGUUAGAGUGACAACGAGGAGACCUCCGAAGCCGUACUACGACAUUUAUGUCAGGAAUAAAACAACUCCGAGACCUGUUCUAGAGGAAAAUAAUAUUAUAGUACCUUCGCCGUCGAUUACUACGAGUACGCCAACUUUAGAGGUUAUAAUUGGUAAUCCAAAUUCUAUUAGUGUGUCAACGACGCCGAUUAUAUUGUCGUCGUCAGAAACCGAAGUUAAUAUUUGGACGGAAAGUACUAGAACGACGGAACUACCAGCGACUACUAAGCUACUAAUUACUGAAACUACACCAACGGACACUAGCACUAGUACUGUUACUACUAGUACUACUAGCACUACUAGAAGUAGUACUAGCAGCAGCAGCAGCAUUAGAAGUAGCAGUAGUGACAGCAGUAUCAUUAAGAGCAGUACCACUACUGUCAGCACCCCCACGCUCGACAUCAUACCAACUGCAGUGCACCACGCUGGUAACGAAGUCAAAAUAGUAGACGAUACUAUAACAUCCAUCAGUUCCACCACGCGAAAAUCGGUACUAACUACAAGAAAAAGCAAAACGGUUAUACCAACACGUUAUAUAACCCACACAAAGACUUCCACCGUUACUAUAACAAAAACCACCGUUGUUAAAACUUUAGGGGGUCCACCAUCUACAUCCACUCUCCUAGUUACAAAAACAGAAAAGUCAACGUUAGUCGAUACGGUUACAGAAUUCCAUACCCUAGUCAAACCGACGAGUAUUGUAGAAACUGUAACCACAACCAUUAGUACUGGUAGUUCCCUAUAUCCACCAGAUGUCUACACCAGUAAUUACCCCUCCAUUAAAAUCCAACCAACUACUACCAGUACCAUAGCCAUUCCCACUAUCACUGUCGAAAGUACUGAAGAAGACGACGACGACUUAGAAGAGUUCAUUAUCAACGAAACCGACCCACCACUACUUCAAGAGGAAGCCAGUGAUGAAAACGACUCAAUCUUCGUCGUGAUGACCGACAAGAACAAAGGUAGUGUUAUCAAAGUACCCAACAAUAGUUACGAAACUCAAGACAGAGACGAAAUGUUGACCAACAACGAAGCCAACAACGUUCUACUCGGUGGUAUAUUUAUCGCUAGUCCGCCAAGUCUGGAAGUACCACGCGUCCAAACCGACAAGUGUGAACCCGAAUGUAAAGCAUCCAGGAACGAGCUAUGCCAAAAGGUCGAAGGCAUAAUGCGAUGCGUGUGUAGACCAGGCUUCGCGCGGAUGUUCCCGGACCGACCGUGUAUUCCAACUUACACGUACAAUCUUAAGGUGGAUUUAGAUCGUUUCGGUCGCGAAAAUUUACAAUUCACUCAAGACUUGACGAACCCGAACUCCACAGGGUUCACCAAAUUGACAGCUCUCACGCAUGAGGCUCUUGAUCGAAUGGUUAUGCAAUCGGAUUUGAGAGAUAUCUACCAUGGUGUUCAUAUACAUUCAUAUAGACCGACGAAGGCUCCAAGCGGGGUCACGACGAAAUUUUAUUUGCAGCUUUCAGAUAACACCGACGAGAAACGUCUAGAAGACGUUUUCAAAAAAUAUUUGAGAAACAACAACUACAGUUUAGGUGGUACCGAAAUUUAUGCGUCUCGGGAAAGUCUGGAGGAUCUUAAAGCUGUAGAUUUCGACGAGUGCACUAAUUCUAAGUUCCACGAUUGUUCAGAAAACGCGCAAUGCUUCAACUUGAAAGGUACCUACACUUGCAGCUGUAAAGAAGGGUUUGCUGAUUUAUCCGAAAAUAUUUUGUACCCUGGACGGAUUUGCUCUGCUGAGUUGAUCGGGUGCGAGCGGUGCAACUACCACGGUACUUGCUACUCGAGAGGGGAUGAUCAGGUUUUCUGCGAAUGCUUCCACUGGUAUACAGGGGAGAGUUGUCACGUCAACUUAAAGGUUUUGUUGAUCGCUCUGGUGACCCUGGGGGCUAUUUUAUUCGCGCUAUUACUAAUCUGCAUCAUCAUGACUUGCUGUCGCAAGAAACCCAGAAAGAAAACUCGAGUGGCUACCGGCAUGAGCUUCCUGCCUCAGAGAGUCGCAAAUCGUACCAUGGAUCGACGUGCGAUGAUUCAAGACACGAGUUCUGAAGACAGCCGCUCAGAAACCAACACCUUACCACCAUACGUUCCCAAAAAGAAAAAACAACUAAAAGGGGCUUUAAAGAAACCGGUAGUACAAAACGCGGACGUCGAAAACGGUGAAAUGAGUUUCCCUGAUCAAAAGGAUAGGUCUUUAACUGUGAUGAUUCCACGAGCUAAGUACCACCCAGCACCACCGACUUCUCCACUGAGCAACUAUACGACGUUUGAUGCCAGAAAGCCGUCUGUUCCAUCUACCACCAACGAGGCUAAAUUGUUGAGUUACUUAGAUGCGGGACCUUCGCCGAGCAAGUCUGACAACAAACGGAAAUAUAGUACUGCCCAAAGCGACUCCUACAUUGACGAAAAAUCCAACUCGAGAAAGACUUCUGGGGCUUUAGUGUCCGCCGGUUUCGAGGUUUCUGCCACCGUUUUGGGGAACAAUAUGGGCACUUUGGGUACCACCUGUGGUACCGAAGCCGACCGUAGCGAAAACGCGACUUUGAUACAGAAAAUAAGUGCUGAUUUAUUAUCGAGUACGGGGACAAGGUCGCAAUUCAAUACUUUACGGGAUAACGAUAUUGACCCUAUGACGAACUGGUUGGAUAUAACACCUCGGAUAAAUACCGUGUCUGAAGCUAGAUCGUACGACGAAACGACGAUUCCACCCCCCAUGAAAUCGUUCAGGGGCGACUACGAUUCGAAACCGUCAUCGCAGCACCAAAACGAUGAAGCGAACACAAUGGCUGAACGGGAUUUGGGUUCCACGUUUUUGCUCCCCCACACCCACUUGUAUAAGCCGGACCGGGGAAGUGACAUAUCAGGUUUUGAGUCACUUUAGCGUCGGACCCGAGUGUCGUCAAGCUCAUUAUGUGCCUUAUAAAUCGAGUGUCUGUGUUAUAUUGACUUUGUCAGUUAUAUUUAUAGAAUGUGAGAUUUCAAAUGAAUCAGCCAUAUAAUUUUGUGUGUACAUAAAAAAAUAACCGAAAUUUUUGGUUUAGGACGAGUGUGAAUGGGUCAUGUAUAUAUGUAUGUUAGGUUUUACUAUUUAUAUUAAUAUAUUCUGGUCGGGCAAAUAAGCAGAGUGCCAAAAAAGACUUUCGUUUCUGUGUAAAUGUAUUGUUAAAAACAUUAUAAUAACAAUGUACAAUGUAAACGUACUUAUUAACUAAUAAGUUUUAUAAUUAUUGUAUUUUUUUUAUGAAAAUAAAUUUUAUUUAAUUUA